GCCUUCCGCAGGCUGUUUCUGAGCGGUCCUCGCUGCGUGCUCUGCCCUCGGAAGCGGCUCCUGUUCACCAUGAAAUUGCAGUCUCCGGAGUUCCAGUCUCUUUUCACAGAAGGACUGAAGAGCCUGAUAGAUCUGUUCUCCCGCGAGCAGCAUGAGCUGCGCAUUGCCGGAGGAGCUGUGCGGGACCUGCUGAGUGGCUGCACUCCUCAGGAUGUGGACUUCGCCACCACGGCCACCCCUGAGCAGAUGAAGACGCUCUUCCAGGCCGCUGGUGUGCGCCUCAUCAACAACAAGGGAGAGAAGCAUGGGACCAUCACGGCCAGGCUGCAUGAGGAGAACUUCGAGAUUACUACUCUCCGGAUUGAUGUAGUCACGGAUGGCAGACAUGCCGAGGUGGAGUUCACCACUGACUGGCAGAAGGACGCAGAGCGUAGGGACCUCACCAUCAACUCCAUGUUUCUAGGUGUUGAUGGUACUUUAUUUGACUACUUUAAUGGAUAUGAAGAUUUGAAAAAUAAAAAAGUCAGAUUUGUUGGACAUGCCAAACAGAGAAUAGAAGAGGAUUAUCUUAGAAUUUUAAGGUAUUUCAGGUUUUAUGGGAGGAUCGUAGACAAACCUGGAGACCAUGAUCCUGAGACUUUGGCAGCAAUUGCAGAAAAUGCGAAGGGCUUGGCUGGAAUAUCAGGAGAAAGGAUUUGGGUGGAACUCAAAAAAAUUCUUCUUGGCAACCAUGUCAAUCAUCUGAUGCACCUCAUCUAUGAUCUCAAUGUGGCUCCUUACAUAGGCCUGCCUGUUGAUGCAAGUUUGGAAGAAUUUAACAGAGUCAGUAAAAAUGUUGAAGGCUUUUCAGCAAAACCAAUGACUAUCUUGGCUUCAUUAUUCAAAGUACAAGAUGAGGUCACAAAAUUGGAUUUGAGGCUGAAGAUUUCAAAAGAAGAGAAAAACCUUGGAUUGUUUAUAAUUAAAAAUAGGAAAGAGUUAGUUAAAGCAACAGAAAACUCAGACCCACUGAAACCCUAUCAAGACUAUGUCAUAGAUUGCAGGGAACCGGAUGUGACUACCCGCGUGUGUGAGCUGCUCAAGUACCAGGGUGAGCAUGACCUGCUGCAGCAGAUGGAGCACUGGACUGUGCCUCCCUUUCCCGUCAGUGGCCAUGACAUCAGGCGAGUGGGCAUUUCCUCUGGCAAAGAGAUUGGGGUGCUGCUGCAGCAGUUGCGAGAUCAAUGGAAGAAAAGUGGCUACCGGCUGGACAAGGAGGAGCUGCUGAGCCAUGUGAAGAAGACGGAGCACUGAGAGCUGAGUGCUCCGGGACAAGAGGACCAGGAAGGUGCUAGACUCUUCAGCCAAGGAGACCAGAUUUCAGAGUACCAACUUCUAAGCACUUCAUUCUACUUUCUUUAUUUAUAAACAC